CCAGUUUUAAUGUCUUUGUAAAUAUUCAAAAUGUUUGAGUGGAGAGGAGACUUAAAAAAAUCGAGAUCACUGGAAGGCAGAGGAGAAACUCAGAAGGAAUUUCUUGACUUGCAUCUUACGAUAUCAACAAUGAGCGAUGGAGAAGACGCAGUCCGACGUCGUAAUGCCAUUACCGAUUACCGCAAGAAACUCCUUCAGCACAAAGAACUCGAGUCCAGAGUUCGACACGUGAGGGAUAAUUUAAGAGGUUCGAAGAAGGAGUUCAACAAAACAGAAGAUGAUUUGAAGUCUCUUCAAAGUGUUGGGCAAAUUAUUGGAGAAGUCCUCAGGCCUCUCGACAACGAACGAUUGAUUGUGAAAGCAAGCAGUGGACCUAGGUAUGUCGUUGGCUGUCGCAGCAAAGUAGAUAAGGAAAAACUUACUGCUGGAACAAGGGUCGUUCUUGACAUGACAACACUCACAAUCAUGCGAGCUCUUCCACGCGAAGUUGACCCAGUUGUUUAUAAUAUGCUUCAUGAAGACCCCGGUAAUGUUAGUUAUUCUGCCGUGGGUGGUUUAUCUGAUCAAAUUAGAGAAUUGAGAGAAUCUAUUGAGUUACCUCUCAUGAAUCCAGAACUCUUCCUGAGAGUUGGGAUCAAACCUCCUAAGGGUGUUCUGUUGUAUGGCCCUCCUGGUACUGGUAAAACAUUGUUAGCAAGAGCAAUUGCAAGUAACAUUGACGCCAACUUUUUAAAGGUUGUUUCAAGCGCUAUAAUUGAUAAGUAUAUUGGCGAAAGUGCUCGUUUGAUACGUGAAAUGUUUGGAUAUGCCCGUGAUCACCAGCCCUGCAUUAUAUUCAUGGAUGAAAUUGAUGCCAUUGGUGGGCGUCGUUUUAGUGAGGGAACGAGUGCUGAUCGUGAAAUUCAGAGGACAUUGAUGGAGUUACUUAAUCAACUUGACGGAUUUGACCAGCUUGGAAAGGUUAAAAUGAUAAUGGCAACAAAUCGACCAGAUGUUCUAGAUCCCGCCCUUCUUCGCCCAGGUCGACUGGAUAGGAAGAUAGAGAUUCCCUUACCAAAUGAGCAAUCAAGAAUGGAAAUCCUUAAGAUUCAUGCUGCUGGUAUAGCUAAACAUGGUGAAAUUGAUUAUGAAGCUGUGGUAAAGCUUGCGGAGGGCUUUAAUGGGGCUGACCUCCGAAAUGUUUGCACCGAGGCUGGAAUGUCAGCAAUCCGUGCAGAGCGGGACUAUGUCAUUCAUGAAGAUUUCAUGAAGGCUGUACGGAAGCUAAACGAAGCAAAGAAACUGGAAUCGAGUUCACAUUACAAUGCAGAUUUCGGAAAAGAGUAAUGCCCUGUUCUUGGCCAAGGAUUUUUAUUGGCAAGAGCAUUUAAGUUUAUGUUUACAGGAAUUUUACUGAAAAAGCUCUUUGAAGAAAUUGACUACUGGAACUGGGAGAUGUCGGGUGUUUUAUCACAUUGUAAUUCUGUAUGCAAACAUACAUUAUUUUCUAUCAGCCGAAUCUCGGUCAACAUUGUUUUCGUUAGAAAUCAUGUAACAUUAAAUUGUAAUUUCUCAAUGCAUCUCAGAAUAUAAACUUCAUUGAAGUAAUUAAACUAACAAUAACAAAA